UCCGCGCCGCCGCCCCCAGCUCGCGCCGGGUUCGGGUCCUCCCCCUCCACAACGAUUCUCUCCAGUGGGGAGAGGCGGUUGGAAGGAGCCGUUUGAACUUCGGAUUCGUACAGACCAGGGGGCAGCGCGAGCUUCUGGGGCGCUGAGAGGGCGGGGCUGGUCGGCGGCAUGAAGGUGUGAGAGCAGCAGCGCACGGACCAGAGAGAGUGUGCUAGCCCUCUGAUAUCUCAAAAUGCCAUUAGUGAAAAGAAACAUAGACCCCAGGCACCUGUGUCACACGGCACUGCCCAGAGGCAUCAAGAAUGAACUGGAAUGUGUCACCAAUAUCUCCUUGGCAAAUAUAAUUAGACAACUGAGUAGUCUAAGUAAAUAUGCUGAAGAUAUAUUUGGUGAGCUUUUCAAUGAAGCACACAGUUUCUCCUUCAGGGUUAACUCCUUACAAGAACGUGUGGACCGUUUAUCUGUCAGUGUUACACAACUUGACCCAAAGGAAGAAGAACUGUCAUUGCAGGAUAUUACAAUGAGAAAAGCUUUCCGGAGUUCCACAAUUCAAGAUCAGCAGCUGUUUGACCGCAAGACUCUGCCUAUUCCUUUGCAGGAGACUUAUGACACUUGUGAACAACCUCCCCCACUCAACAUACUCACCCCUUACAGAGAUGACGGAAAAGAAGGUUUGAAGUUUUACACCAAUCCUUCAUAUUUCUUUGAUCUAUGGAAAGAAAAGAUGUUGCAGGACACCGAGGACAAGAGAAAGGAAAAGAGAAAGCAGAAGCAGAAGAAUCUAGAUCGCCCUCAUGAACCGGAAAAAGUGCCCAGGGCGCCUCAUGACAGACGGCGAGAGUGGCAGAAGUUAGCCCAAGGUCCAGAGCUUGCUGAGGAUGACGCUAAUCUCUUACAUAAGCACAUUGAAGUUGCUAAUGGCCCAGCCUCGCAUUUUGACUCAAGACCUCAGCCAUAUGUGGAUCAUAUGGAUGGCUCCUACUCCCUUUCUGCAUUACCCUAUAGUCAGAUGACUGAACUUCUGAGCAGAGCUGAGGAGCGAGUGUUGGUCAGACCACAUGAGCCACCACCCCCUCCACCAAUGCAUGGUGCAGGAGAUGUGAAACCUAUACCUCCUUGUAUUAGCUCCACCACAGGUUUGAUAGAAAAUCGUCCUCAGUCACCAGCAACAGGCAGGACACCAGUGUUUGUGAGCCCCACACCCCCUCCUCCUCCUCCUCCUCUUCCAUCUGCUUUGUCAACUUCUUCACUGAGAGCCGCAAUGACUUCCACCCCUCCCCCACCCAUACCUCCACCACCACCACCUCCAGCAGCUGUUUUGCAAGCACCAGCAGUGCCACCUCCACCAGCUCCUCUCCAGAUUGCUCCUGGAGUUCUUCAUCCAGCUCCUCCUCCAAUUGCACCACCUCUAGCACAGCCCUCUCCUCCAGUCACUAGAGCUGCCCAAGUAUGUGAAACUGUACCAGUUCAGCCAGUUCCACAAGCUGAAGUGCAAGGACUUCCUCCUCCUCCCCCACCUCCUCCAUUGCCUCCCCCUGGCAUUCGACCCUCAUCUCCUGUCUCAGUUGCCACCCUCUCUCACCCUCCCACAACCAUUGUUCCUGGCCCUCAUGCUCCACUGAUGCCUCCAUCUCCACCAUCCCAAGUGAUUCCUGCUCCUGAACCCAAACGCCACCCAUCAACUCUACCUGUAAUCAGCGAUGCCAGAAGCGUUCUACUGGAAGCAAUACGAAAAGGUAUUCAGCUACGCAAAGUCGAAGAGCAGCGUGAACAAGAAGCUAAACAUGAGCGCAUUGAGAAUGAUGUUGCCACUAUAUUGUCUCGCCGCAUUGCUGUGGAAUACAGUGAUUCAGAAGAUGAUUCAGAGUUUGAUGAAGUGGAUUGGUUGGAGUAAAAUAGAUACAUUGAUGUACACUGAAUGCUAAUGUCCAUUGUGGUGAUUGUUCUUUGAAAACAUUUGAUGGUCAUUUCUAGUAGUUUUUGUAUUUUUUUUUCUUUACACUACACAUCAUUAAUCCAUGUUUUUCUACUUUUCCGUUUACAAGAAAACUAGCAGCACAUCUUUGAAACUAAAUGUUUUACAGUGGCUUUUCUUUUCUUUUCUUGAAAGAACAUAUUUUGUUCCAAUAGACCACUAAGUAUUAAGCAUGGGCAGCUGUUGGUAGAGUAGCAGUUUCACUAUUUUGGCAUAUCUUAACUGUGCACUUUGUGAAUUUUAAGUUAAUGAAGGUAACUGAGAUUGAAAUUCCGAGGGCAGCUGUAUGUACUAAUGAGCCUUAUUCCAUUUUUGAUAAAUGUUUUUAAAAACCUAGCUAUCAAAAUAUACAUCUGUACACUAAGAAGGUACAUAUAGUUAGCAGCACUGAACACAAUGAAAGGAAAAAAGGAUCUUUGGGGGCUUUUAUUGUUUUAUUGUUGUUUUUUAAAUAAUUAUGGCCUUAUUUGAAUGUUUAGAGGUUUCCCCCUCCCUCCCAGGUACAUAUCGUGUGGUACUAUUUUGCCUGCAUACAAAAGUUUAAAUUUUUUCUGUGUGAAAUCUUCUGACUUGAACAUGCUGUGUAACUUAUGUAACUGUUAAAAAUAACAGUUUGGUUUAAUAAAUGGUAAAUGUUC